AUGCUAGAGCUAGGUGUAAUAGAGGAGUCGUCCAGCGCUUGGUCCUCACCAGUAGUUCUGGUCCAGAAACCUGGUAAAGCUACAAAUUACACCAGCUCUCGAAACGUAGUUCGCUACAACCUGGCCAUCUACCUCCAGGCGGCGCUGAGUACGCGGGUGUCAAAGCUGCUGAAGCACCUGCUGCAGUUCCUCUUCGUGAUGUUCGGCUGGUAUGUGUCGCUGACGAGGAUCACCGACUACUACCACCACUGGAGCGACGUCCUGGCAGGGGCGGUGUUGGGCGUGGUCUUCGCCUGGCUAACGAGUGCCUAUGUGGCUGACUUGUUUGUCGGAAGGCGUUGGCCCAAGGCAGGCUACUCGGCCAACACGCUGCGCAAGCCGCAGGUGUCGCCCAAGAGCUCCACCAAGUCGCAGGCGGGAGGAUCGACGGCAGGAGCGGCACAGCCGCCUGCCCUGCCGGCCUACACUUUCGGAACGCUGCCCUACUUGGCGGCCCAUCCCGCCCAGGCGCAGGCGCAAUACGCCCAGACCUAUCACAACUACGGCUACGUGCCCUGAGCUCACUGCCGGAUUCCAUUAGCAAAAUCUAGCUUAGAGAACCCCACAAACAUACACACCACAAACACUCACAACUUGCACGGCAUUCCUGUUUUGUUGUCUGUAUUCUAGCGAAAUAAAUAUAUUCAAGUACGAUACGAA